AAUCUGGAGACUCACAAGGAUGAAAGGUGAAGACAGGCAGAACUGGAGAAGCCCCAAUGCCAGGAGAGCAUUUAAGCCCCCUCAGUGCACGAGAGUGGGCGGUGCCAAGGAGGGCGUUACAGGAACUUUCUUGGAGUUCUGACUGGAUGAGGAAGAGCUUUCACCAGAAACAAAGUUAAGAGCCCGGGUAGGGUGUGGUGGGUCUGGGCCUGGCUUGGCCGGAAGGAGUUUGGGUCGGGUAGAGUGGGCAAGCUUCAGGACUGAGUCUCCCCGGGCUCCGUUGGUGGCGCGAGGCAGCGAGGACCCCGUGCGCGCGCUGGCCCUGGCAGGGGCUGCAAGGAGAGGAUGACUUCGGAGGCGCGGAACCCCAAAGCAUGGAUCGAUUCAUAAACCCCCUGGGAGUUCAAAUUAAGUCAGAAAGUGAUUCAAUGCAGGUAUUCAAACAGGUCACUGGCCCUGCUCAGAUCAGAAAUCCCCCUGUGCUAGCAGACAGAAGAACAAUGACCUCACCACUCCUGGAUGCCAACUCAAUGGAGAACCCAGUCCUGUUCAAUGAUAUCAAGAUUGAGCCGCCAGAAGAACUCCUGGCUAGUGAUUUCAACAUGCCGCAGGUGGAGCCAGUCGAUCUCUCCCUUCACAAGCCAAAGGCUCCUCUCCAGCCUGCUAGCAUGCUGCAAGCUCCAAUACGCCCUCCCAAGCCACCGACUGCAGCCCAAGCCAUUGUGGUGUCUACUUCACCUGACACAGGCGCUUCAGCAGCCAUCCCUGCUGUUCUCACUCCAGGCUCUAUCCUGGCCUCCUCUCAGGGUUCAGGUGGCCAGCCGAUUUUACAUGUGAUCCACACUAUUCCCUCAGUCGGUUUGCCAAAUAAGAUGGGUGGACUAAAGACAAUCCCACUGGUGGUUCAGUCUUUGCCUAUGGUCUAUACCAGUUUGCCUGCAGAUGGGAGCCCUGCAGCUAUUACUGUGCCACUCAUUGGAGGAGACGGCAAAACUGCUGGAUCAGUCAAAGUUGACCCCACCUCCAUGUCUCCACUGGAGUUUCCAAGUGACAGUGAGGAGAGUGCAAUUGAGAGUGGAUCUUCAGCCUUACAGAGUCUGCAGGGAUUUCAACAUGAACCAGCAACAAUGGCCCAAAUGCAUGGAGAAGAGUCUCUUGACUUAAAGAGAAGACGGAUUCACCAGUGUGACUUUGCAGGCUGCAGCAAAGUGUACACCAAAAGCUCUCACCUGAAAGCUCACCGCAGAAUCCAUACAGGAGAGAAGCCUUACAAAUGUACCUGGGAUGGCUGCUCCUGGAAAUUUGCUCGCUCGGAUGAGCUCACUCGCCAUUUCCGUAAGCACACAGGCAUCAAGCCCUUCCGGUGCACAGACUGCAACCGCAGUUUUUCUCGAUCUGACCACUUGUCCCUACACCGCCGGCGUCAUGACACUAUGUGAAUAUCCCAGGCCACAGCAGAUAUGCUGCACUGGUCUCCUGAGUGUAUGCUGAAGUCAAGACUAUGUUUGCCUCUUUGAUACAAUUUGCCCUGUGGUUGGGGAUAGAACAGCCUACUGAGCCAGGUUGAUGAGACUGGAGAAAAAGUUAGCUUGUCUCCCAUGCGGCUCUUCAUAUUCCACUUUCACCUCUCCACUGUCCAGACUUCAGUUUUCUCAACCUCUUCCUGGGUUGAAUUCUAGUGCGGCGCCCAUGGCUGCCCUUGCUGAUCCCUCAUGCUAUAUUAUAGACAUUUUUUCCUACGAUAACAAACAAAAAACAGGAAUCAAACUCAAGGCUGUGAACAGACAUCCGCUGCUCCACCCCC